GUGACAGAGAGCGGAAAGAUACGACAUGGGCUAUAGCUCCACUUCCCCGCAGGUCCUUUAAGCAGCGCGUGCUGAUCGGCCUAUGGGACGGUUCAGUUUGGUGCAUGUCGGCCCACGCGAGAAAGCGUCGAGAGCGAAGUUGCGCCGCCCGCCCCGGAGGUUAGCAGAUAAAAGCCCUGAAAGUGAUUGGAAGUGACGGUGAAAAGGAUUUAGCCCAGGCAUUAAGAGAGAGAGAGAAGGGUUUGUGAGUACAUAAGAGAGAGAGAAGGGGAGAGAGAGAGAGGGACAGGGAGUAGACGAGAGAGAGAUUUUCCACCAAGCUUUUUUUUUCUGCCCUUGAGCAUCCCGGGUAAACCCGAGCUUGUAAAGUGGGAGGAGAAGAAACGGGCACCAGCCCUUCCUCAAAGUCAAUAUUUUCACUUUUGAUUCUCCUUCAAACUGGAAAUCACGCUCUUUUUCCCCAACCGCCCGUUUCCAGAUCUAGGAUACCGUUCUACUCUGUGCAGCCUUCCGCCGUGUAGUAAAAAAGUUACCCGCUGGAGAAGACCAACAAGGAGACCAGACCAGAUAACAGGAGUGGAGUACAGUAGCCUACACCUCGACAGGAGCCCGAUAGUGUAGAUGGAGCCGUGCACGGCUCACGGCGGAGAGGUGGUCGUAUAAAGGGACAGAGAAGCUCUCCCGGAUCAGAUGAAUGUUCUAAGACAAUCACUGAGGCAAGGCUCCGGGCCGCUGCAUCACGACCCGAUGGCUGUAUCUAAAGACGUAGUCCACUCUCCCUUUAUCAUCCCUAGCGGGCAGCUCUCACCUCUCCCAGGCGAAAAGGACCUCUGAAGUAUGGAUUUGUUCUGCUGAUUCUCCAACCACCACCACCGCCAACGCAGCACUGGCGCCACUAUGGUUGAAGUAGAUGUGAAGUUUCUCUGACUUUCGACGCCCCCUGCACUAUUAUUGGUCACUUUUCCAUAUCCGACAUCGAAACAAGUUAGUGUCAUUUCCUAAAGGAUCUGUGAUUAUUUGUAGGCCCACGUUUGCUGAACGGCUGUAGAUUUGACUUAGCCAACUCGAAAACUUUUGUUUCUCUUGCAUUUUGUAUUUUUUCCAUCAUCCCCAAAACGUCCCCUUAAGCUCAGGUGAGCGUGCAGAUGCAUCUUGGUGACAACGAAGUUACUUACUGUGUCCGUAUGAUCCUCAGUCGAGUUCCAUGCUCUUCGCCUCAACUCUGACUACUGUGGCCCCCCUCGCCCUUUUCCGCCAGACCCCACUCGUCCUCGGACCACUCUCGUGCCAUGCUCCGCCAGGCCGUGUUGCUCCUCCUGCACUGCUUUUCCCCCUUGACGCUGGGCCAGUACGACCUGUGCAAGUCCCUGGUGAGCACGGACGAUGGCGCAGUGUGGGAGCAGUAUGCAUGCCAGCCCAAGGCCCAGUCCAUGAAGGACUACAUGCGGGUGAAGGUGGACCCGCCGGGCAUCACCUGCGGCAACCCGCCCGAGAGAUUCUGCACUCUGGAGAACCCGUACCUGUGCAGUGACGAGUGUGACGCCUCCAACCCGGACCUGGCCCACCCUCCUCAGCUGAUGCAGGACCGCGAGCACACCGGCCGCAUCACCUACUGGCAGACAGUCACAUGGGCCCGUUAUCCAGAACCCCUCUUGGCCAACAUCUCCCUAGCCUGGAACAAGAGCCUGGAGCUGACGGACGACAUCGCCAUUACUUUUGAGUACGGCCGCCCCACCUUAAUGGUUCUGGACAAGUCCAUGGACCACGGCCGCACCUGGCAGCCCUUCCAGUUCUACGCUGACGAUUGUCUCGAGUCCUUUAACAUGGCACCAAAGCGUGUCCCCGACCUAUCGCCUGCAAAUAUUACCCUUGUCAUCUGCACCGAGCAGUUCUCACGCUGGGUGGGAUCGAAGAACGAUAAGAACGUAAAGUUCGAGGUUCGGGAGCGUUUCGCAGUGUUCGCCGGGCCGAGGUUGCUCAACAUGGACAGCUUGUACACCCGUAUGGAGAGUAUGAAGGGCCUGAGGGAAUUCUUUACCUUCACUAACCUCAGGCUGAGGCUGCUCAGACCGGCCCUGGGGGGAACCUACAUGCAGAGGGACAACCUGCUCAAGUACUUUUACGCCAUCUCCAACAUCGAGGUGCCCGCAAGGUGUAAGUGUAACCUGCAUUCGUCGCUGUGCCUGCUGCAAGAGGGGAACCUCCAGUGUCAGUGUGAACACAACACCACGGGACAGGACUGUCAGCGCUGCAAGAAGGGCUUCAAGGCCAAGUCUUGGAAAGCUGGCUCCUACCUGCCCACACCCAACGGAUCUCCCAACACCUGUGCAAUCGCUGGUGCCCCCACAGGCGGUGGUUCUAAGCCCAUCCUUUCAACCGAGGCCCCAACCGACACCACCACCACUCCCCCAACAGAGCCCCCUGUUACGGACCCUGAGCCUCCCCUCAUUUCCACCAUCGCCCCCACCGAUUCCCCUCCACCUCCUCCACUUAUAGAGGAAGAACGUACAACUUCCAUCUACAUUACCACAGAGGCCACGCCCCCUACAACCACCCCUCAGUCUAUCACAGAGGAGUCCACACCCCCUCCACCGAUCAUGGAGGAGCUCACGUCACUGUUCCUGACCGAGAGCACUGCCCCUGUCACAACACCGCCCCCAACGGAGCUGCCUAAGCCAAUGGUUGUAGAGAGUGAAGAAGGUUGCAAUGUUUUUUGUACAGAUGCUAAUAGUGAAGUGGCAGAAGAUGCAGGAGAGACUGAGAUUCCCUCUGAAAAAGAGGGUGAGGAAGAAGAGAUGAAGGAGAAAGAGAGUGGGGAAAAGACUGAAGAAGUCACCUCCAAACCUGCUGAAGCAGAGGACAAUGCGAAGAGUGAUACUCCCUCUAUGAUAGGACUAAAGAAAGAGGAGGAGAAAGAGGGAAUGGAGAAGAAAGAGGAAAAGACUGAAGAAGUCACCCAAAAGCCUGAAGCAGUGGACUCUGGGAAAAGAGAAAAGCCCUCUGGCAAAGAUGAGCGGAUGGUGGAGAAAGAGGAAAAGAAAGAGACGACAACAGAGAAGGAGAGAAAUAAAGUUCCCCCCCAACCUGAGGCAGAGGGCCCUGGAGAGAGUGAGAGCCCCUCUGAGGGAGAAGGAAAGAAGGAGGAAGUGGUAAAGCAGGAGAUUGAGGCAGAAGCCCCUCCAAUGCCUGAAGUGGAGGGGACGGGUGGCACACAGGAGACCGGUAAACCCUCUGAAAAAGAGGAGGGGAGGGAGGAGGACACAGGAAAAAAGACUGAAGAGGAAGUUCGCGAAUCACCUGAGUGGGGAAGCUUGGGUCAGGAGACCUUGGAGCCCCCUGAGAGAGAAGAAGAGAAGAAGAAGUGGGAGGAGGAAGAGAGUGAAGAGGAGAGAGAGUAUGCAAAAAAGAAAGGGAUUCUCAAGCUCUUGAUCUCAGGAGGAGAGCCCCAGGCCAGACAGUUGUAUGGGAUCAUAUAUGAUGAUUUUAAAGACUGUGAGUGCUACGGCCACUCGAACCGCUGCAGCUACAUAGACUACCUGAACAUCGUAACGUGUGUCAGCUGCAAGCACAAUACAAGAGGACAGAACUGCCAGCACUGCAGACUGGGCUACUUCAGAAAUAACUCAGCUGAACUGGAUGAUGAGGGUGUCUGCAUCGAGUGUAACUGUAACCAGAUGGGUUCUGUCCAUGACCGGUGUAAUGGGACAGGCUUCUGCCAGUGUAAAGAUGGCACUACGGGGCCCAAGUGUGACGACUGUUUCCCUGGGUACUACUGGAAACAAGGCUGUUACUCUAAUGUGUGUGACGAGGAGCUGCUCCUGUGCCAGAAUGGUGGGACGUGCUCCCAGAACCAGAAGUGUAUCUGUCCUCCAGAGUUUAAGGGUGUGCUGUGCCAACAGUCCCGCUGCGAGGGGGGCAAGGCCUGCAACACCGCCUCCACCCUCCACCUCCUGGCCCUCGUCCCCCUACUGCUCUGCGUCCUGCUACCACACCUUUUGGCCACAUUAACUGCACACUGAGUCACCUGCUGCCUCCUCAAAUACUGUUGUGUGUGUGGGCAACCCCAGAGAGGGAAGAGUGGGAAAGGCCUGCUAGCUGGCCAAGGACCCUAUGAGCACACACAAACAUCACAAGACUGUUACUGACUCGGGGAACCCCCCCCUGUUGUGAAAGUAAAAUGAGACUUCAGAGGAAGACUGAGGAAAAUCAAGACAACCAACCCACUGUCUCUCCCUUUAUACGAGAGACCUGGAGAAAUCGCAUACCAAAAAGCAUUAUUAUUACUAUUAAACGAGCAAAUGAGAAAUCAUUUAAAUCAUUACUGUUCACUAUGAAGAAGAAGGGAGGGAGGAAAUGGCUGAUGUAAAACAAUGACGUUUCCUUUGUCUUUAUUGAUUUGAGUUAAUGCACCCCACUUCUCUUGAGACACUGCACUUACUGCUGCGGAAAGAAAGAAAGACAGGGAUUGUUUGACUAGACGGGGAGCUAGAGGGAGGGGGAGGGCUAGGUCGUGAUUCGCUGCUGAGGACUACUUAGAAUAUUAACCAGGUUCCACGACUUCGACUCGAAAACAGACUUGUUUUUACCUUUUUUCUGCUGCAGUUUUUUUAUUUCAGCAUCUUUUUCUGUCAUUAAUGUAUCUUAUGUGCCCACCGACUGACUGAGAUGAUACAUUUAAUUAUUACAAUAUCCAUAUCCAGAGGGUUAUCAAUAUUAAGAUUUUAGUCACUAUUACGGUCGUUAUAGGAAUGAGUGUUGCCACCGUUUAGCCAGAUUUAAUCUUCACACAGUAUUCAGGAAUAAAACAAUCUAAUUUACCAACAGUCUAAAAAGAGAGAGAAAGGGGGAGAAAGUAUCAAUAUUAUAAGUCAUUAUUUUAAUAUUUUUUGUGGAGAUUCUUUUUGUUUAGUUAUAAUACAUAAACUAUUCCAGAGGAGCAUUUUAUUACACUGUAAGCUUUACAGUAAAUGUGAAUUAUUUA